AUGUUGUCAGCACUCCAGGUGAUUGUGACAGUGACACUCAUUGUAUCAUGGCCAUGUGGGACCAUCCUGAACUUAUCCAUUAUAGCUGUCUAUCUCAGCGACUGGAAGAAGGGAGUGAAACUUGGGGAGUGUGAGCGGAUCAUUCUCAGUAUGGGGUGCACCAAUCUGCUCUUGCAGUUCUUCGUAACGUUUGUAGUUGCAUUUAUGUCACUUGGACUGUACCUGCCAUUUGCCUUAAAAGUAUUUUUUGCUACUGGCACUGUAUUCUGGUUUUCUGUUUAUCUCUCAUUUUGGCUGACAGCUGGUCUCUCCAUCUGCUACUGCCUGAGACUGGUCAAUCUGUCACCUAAAUUCUUCAUCCAGUUAAAAAGGAGACUUUCUUGCACUGUUACCCCAUUUCUUCCGUGGUCAGUGGCAAUUUCAUUAAUUAUUGCGGUUCCAAUGAGCUGGAAAUCAGGCACAGCAACUGACCUUAAUAUAGUCAUUUUGUAUCAGAAUAUUUCUGUUAAUGUUGUUUACUUGAUCCUCGGUGGUGCAUUUGGUAUCAGCGUACCCUCCAUUUUUACCUUUAUUUGUAUUUUAUUUUCUCUGAUAUCGCUCCUGAGGCACAUCCGGAGAAUGAAGCAGAAUACUCAGUUCGGGAGUCCUCAGCUGAAGAACCUUAUAGGAGCUUGCAGGACAAUGUUCCUACUCAUGGCUCUGAAUUUUCUUUUCUUCCUGAUAAUUUCGAGUUCAGUGGUACUGGAAUUUAGUGGGGAAACUAUAUGGCAAACUGUAUUUCUUUCAUACGUCAUGUUAAACCCCUCGGGUCAAGCCAUUGUUCUGAUCUUUGGAAAUUCCAAGUUACUCAGUGCCUGGUCAAAAAACUUACUUCCUCAGGGAUAA